AUGCGCGAAGCUGUUCGUCUCCUGUCCCGCUCUCCAAUCAGCGAGACUUCAGCUGCGGCAAUACGCCACUCCUCAGGCGUCGACGCAAAAGAUCAUGCACGAAACAUCACAGAUCCAUUCUCCUGUCCAACCCACACAUACACUUACUCCACAAACGGCGACGACACCUUCCCUGCACCCGCUGCCUACCUAGGCAGAGAAUAUUCAUGGAUUCAUAUCUUUCCAGAGGGGAAGGUGCACCAGCAUCCCAAGAAAACGAUGAGAUACUUCAAAUGGGGUGUCGCUCGUCUGAUUCUCGAACCCGACGUCUGCCCAGACUUGGUACCGAUGUGGAUCGAAGGAAAUGACCAGAUCAUGCACGAGACACGAAAGUGGCCUCGAUUCAUCCCAAGGAUAGGAAAACAGUGCGGAGUAUGGAUUGGAGAAAAUGUCGGAGGGGAAAAGGAAACAGUAUUCCAUGAGCUUAGAGAGCGAUGGCAGAAGCUGAAACUUGACUCCACGCAACGGAGCGGAGAGCAGCUGGACGUCGGCAAUCUGAAUGAUGAGCUGAAAUACGGCCAAGAGGCUGUAGAGCUGAGGGAAGAGUGUGCGAGGCAGGUAAGAAAAGCGGUCCUCGAUGUGAGGAGGAAACGAGGCCUACCGGAUGAAGAUCCGAAGGCGGGCUUGGUCGAAACCUGGAGAGAAGAAGGCGGCAAGGCGGAGGGUCGAAUGAAGGACGACAGUAUUGUCAAAGAUGCUUGA